AAAACACGUGGGGUGUGUUGCUGUGACUUCUACGAAACAUGGCGGGGUUGGAGCUGCUCACCGACCAAGGAUACCGCCUGGAUGGAAGAAAAGCCUCCGAACUGCGGAAGUUUCAGGCCCGUAUGGGAGUGUUUGCCCAGGCAGACGGUUCUGCUUAUCUGGAGCAGGGAAACACCAAGGCUCUGGCUGUGGUUUACGGUCCGCAUGAAAUAAGAGGAUCCAGAAGUCGGGCCCUUCAUGAUCGAGCUGUUAUUAACUGCCAGUACAGCAUGGCCACUUUCAGCACAGCUGAGAGGAAGAGGAGACCGCAUGGAGAUCGCAAAUCCACAGAGAUGAGUCUCCACCUGAAGCAGACAUUUGAAGCUGCUGUGAUGACUCAGCUCUUCCCGCGCUCUCAGAUUGACAUCUAUGUGAAGAUUCUGCAGUCAGAUGGAGGGAACUACAGCGUGUGUGUCAAUGCAGCUACCCUUGCGGUCAUUGAUGCGGGCAUCCCCAUGAGAGACUACGUCUGUGCCUGCACUGUAGGCUUUGUUGAUGAGACUCCUCUUGCUGACCUUUGCUAUGCCGAGGAGAGUGGAGGAGUGAGCUCUCUGGCUUUGGCUCUGCUGCCCCGGGGCGGACAGAUCGCCCUGGUUCAGAUGGACGCCCGACUUCAUCAGGACCACCUGGAAACCCUGAUCGAAGCUGCAAUGACUGCUUGUAAAGGGGUGAGCAAGGUGCUGGACGAGGUGGUGAGGCAGCAUCUCCAAGAGGCAUCUGUACACUCCAGAGAGUAAAAUCUGGACUGGGAUUGAGAGAGUUUUCAUUUACUUCAUUAAAAUUGUUUCUUUAUACUUUUGUACAAAAAUGAUCCUAACAAUACAAAAUGUGUGUAUCUUUACUUCUUGUAUAUGAUCUAUAAAUAAACAAUUGUAUUUUGUGGGAUUGUUUGAACAGACCGGAACAAAAUAUACCACAGAGAAU